CAAAAAUCCAAACCAAAACCCCACCGGAAGCCAAAAACUACACGAGAAGCCACAGGGAGGCGAACCGAAAGCAAAACCGCAGGACUAGCAGGAGAGACAGAGAUCCCCCGAACCCUAACCCUACCAGCACCUCCCGUCGCCGGUUGAGAUGGCGAUGGACGCGGAGCGGAGGCAGGCGGAGCUGAUCGAGCAGUUCUCGGCGCAGGCGGCGGCGCUCUCCUCGGCUCCUCAGCUGGCGGCGCUCGUGCUCGAGGCCACCUCCCACCCGGCGCUCUUUGCCUUCUCCGAGCUCCUCACCCUUCCAGCCCUCUCCAAGCUAACGGGCACGCAGUACGCCUCGUCGCUGGACCUGCUCCGCCUCUUCGCCUACGGCACCCUCAAGGACUACAAGAGUAAUUCUAGCGCCCUCCCUGCAUUGUUGCCUGAUCAAGCCCGGAAGCUGAAGCAACUCAGCGUGCUAACUUUGGCUGAGUCAACCAAGGUACUUCCAUAUGAUCAGCUCAUGCAAGAGCUAGACGUUUCCAAUGUGAGAGAACUUGAAGAUUUCCUCAUCAACGAGUGCAUGUACUCAGGUAUUGUCAGAGGCAAGUUGGACCAACUGCGGCGGUGCUUUGAAGUACAAUUUGCAGCUGGAAGGGACCUCACACCUGAUCAGCUAACCAACAUGAUUGAGACCUUGUCUGACUGGUUGGGAACAUCAGAUAAUUUAUUACACCACAUUCAGGAGAAAAUCAAGUGGGCUGAUACAACAAGUGAAUUGAACAAGAAGCACCAGAAAGAAUUUGAAGACAGAGUGGAAGAAGCCAAGAAGUCAGUCAAGAAGUUGAACAAUGUAAGCAGGCAGACAAUGACUUACGGGGGCAUGACGACUUUCUCUCUGAAUCUGGAGGAAUAAUGGAUUUUGAGGAGGACCGCAUCCGACCAAAAAGGAGGCGACAACCAAUGGCGUAGUUUGACUGAAGUAUCACACCUAUGGUCCCUGCUCGCAGAAGUGCCGAUGCUGUUCUUGAGACAUUUUGUCACCGGAGUUUAGGAGCAUCAAUUAGGGUGCUUCCCAUGAAGCGAGUCUCUGUUGAGAAAACGCUUGUUUUUGGUAUGAGAUGUUACAAAGAGAUGAUUUACUGCCGCAUUUAUUUAGUAGCACGAAGGGCAUAUGGGUGACUUCGCACUGUAAAGAUUAUGGUUCUGAAAAGUUUGGUGACCUAAGGUGUUCGCUCAGUUUGGUUUGGUUUUUUUUU